CUCAUCCGUCAUCCGUGAUCUGUCAAACUGUCAUUCACUUUUGUGGAACCGCUAGCGAAAUGUCUGGUUCUGCCGGUGAUAAUUCAAAACCACGAGUUGUGGUUUUAGGAGGGUGCGGCUUUAUCGGCCGCAACCUGGUCGAGUACCUGGUUGCCAAUGACCUGGUGAGCGGCGUGCGAGUGGUCGACAAGACCCCGCCGCAGCUGGCCUUUCUAAACCCCGCGCACACCAAAGUUUUUGAAGACCCCCGCGUUGAAUAUAAGAGCGCAAACCUCAUUAAUCCAGCAUCAUGCGCAUCAGCUCUCGACCCUGCCGACGGCGCAUCCUGGUCCCUCGUCAUCAACUGCGCGGGAGAGACACGCGUCGGCCAGACCGAGGCGGUGUAUGCAGAAGGCAUCGUGACGCUCAGCACUAAUGUGGCUAAGCAAUGCGCUAAGCAAAACGUGCCUCGGCUUGUGGAAAUAUCUAGCGGGCACAUGUAUAGCAGUGACAAGCCUCACAAAGAAAGCGACCCCGUAGAGCCGUGGACCGUGGAGGGACGUAUGAAGUAUAAAGUGGAGCAGGAGCUGAAGAAACUGGAGCCCGAGCUCAACUACACGGUGCUUCGCCCCGCUAUUGUCUAUGGUGUCGCUGACAGGAGGAGCUUGACGCCUCGGCUUCUAUACGGAGGCAUAUACAAGCACCUCAACGAAACCAUGAAGCUUCUCUGGACGGCGGACCUCAAGAUGAAUACGGUCCACGUGACAGACGUCUGCCGCGCGGCCUGGACGCUCGGCCGUCAUUCUGACGCCAACCGGCAGGUGUACAACGUGGUGGAUGACGCCAACACCACGCAGGGAAGCCUGGCUGAGCUGGUGUCGGAUAUCUUCAGGAUCAAUCAUGACUAUUAUGGGACGGCGAUUUCUACUUUGGCUAAGAACGACAUAGCAUCAGUAGCGGAGGAAGCGAACGACAAGCAUUUAACCGCGUGGGCCGAUAUUUGCCGCCGCUAUUCGCUUGCGCACACGCCGCUUGAACCAAGCGCCGGCGCAGAACUGCUGUUGAACAAGCGACUGUGUCUUAGCGGGGAGAAACUGAAGGCGAUCCUGCAACUGGACGUACCUAAACCCACUACUGAGAAGCUUUUGCAGGUACUAGAGGACUACGCAUCAAUGAAUCUCUUCCCGAGGGAGCUCCUGCUAUGACCAGAUACGUAAAUCGAUUGAUACCUUACACCAGUCUGCUUAAGUCGAAAAUAUUAUAACCGUAGUUCACAAUCUACCCGUGGAGCUUAAGGUAUGGAUGUUAACCAUUUAAAAUGUAAUUUCUUAAGUUGCAAAUCAUGUAUAACUUGAUUUUAAAUUAGCUCAGUUUUUUAUAUGUUGACUUUGUAUUCCUAACGUAAUACUGUGAUAAAAAUACUGUGGAUACAUUUUGAAAUGGACGAAAUACAAUAAGGAAUUGAAUGGCGUAUAGUUUGAAUAAUUUUCUGGUAAAUUGUCUACACAGUUUCGUAAAAUUUAAAGUAGUUUUAGAACUGUCUAAACAUUUGUUAAAAGACUGUAUGAACAUUCAAAAUUGCUCAAGACAGUAUUCUGGUUCCCUUUAAAUAGCAUUGUAUCUAAAACAGUUUUUAGAAACCAGUCAAAUUUCUAUAAAAUAUUAAGCUUUCACUGCCCAACAAUAAUCGUAUUUUUUACGAAAGUACUCACUAAAUAUUUUCUAAUUCGGUGAUUUCAACUGUACUAAACUAUUGCGUCCCGUAACUUUUCGCUGUAGUAUUUUAUAUGUGAACGGACAAUAAUGUAAACGAACAUUUUGGCGAAUAAACCCACGUUAUUGUAAGAAAACUAAAGAAGUAGAAUUGAAGACUGCGAAUACCAAAAAGCAAUUAUCGAGAUUCGCUUUUUCUAAUACUUUCUAAAACUGCAUUUACUUGUUUAACGGGAAUAUGUAAACUGAGAUUUUAUAUGAACAUAAAGUUUCUAUACGUAGUACUUAAUUGUCAUUAAUUUAAGACUAAACAUUUAAAAAAAAAUUUUUUUUAAGAUGAAGAUCUUCAAAUUGAAAAUAUGUGAUUUAAUUUUAGAAAUAACUUCAUCUGCAGUUGUUUUACGCUUUCGUAGAUGUAUCGCUCAUUUUUUUUUAGCUUGUAAUAAUAAACUUCCAAAAUAAAUACAUAAAUAAGCAUCACACGGUGUCGCUUGCAUAAUAAAGUAUGUAUUAAUGAUAUUAUAUAUCUCAUUUAGUCAUUAAGUGUCAAUGGAGAUUUAAAUGUUAUUAUAUGUUUUAAAUUUAGUAUAUGUAGGGUUAGGGCUUCCCAAAGAUUCCUAUCUUUGUUUCUAAAUUACAGUAUUUAAAAUACCUUUCGAAGUGCAUUUAUAUUUUAGUGCUGCAAUCCUUUAACCCUUUACCUACGGGCCCUUGGAAACCCAAAGUCGCCUCUCAAUACGGGGUAUUUUAACCUAUAAAAUUGUU